ACAAGAUGGCAAUGGCAAUGCAGCUUGUCUUCUUUCUCUACAUGUUGGUCACCAUCACAGAUCAAAGUUCACCCUAAAUGAAGACCAACACAAUCAUAACUUCCUCCAUCUGAGGAGGAAGCUCUCGUACAUGAUGGCGCUGGUGAUGCAGCUGGUCUUCUUUCUGUCCGUUUGGGUCUCAGUUACAGUGUGUGAUGAUGUUUUUAAGCUGGUUAACAGUUCUGUUCAACUGGACAUACAAGAACAUUUGGAUAAGUCCUUUUUCUUUCUUUUGUGGACAUUUAACAAAAGCAUUGCCAUUGUGACCUAUAGUGGAAAUCCCCCAACUAGAGAAAAUGAAAGAUAUAAAGACAGGGUGAAAUUUGAUGAGGAAACCUAUGGUCUGACACUGAAGAGCUUACAGAAGAGUGAUAGUGGAAUCUAUGCAGCAAAAGCAGUUGGGGAAAAGGAAGUAAUUGUUGCUACGUACCAAUUACAUGUGUUGGAUCCAGUGCAGAAACCAGUCCUUACUGCUUCUCUCCAAAGUAAUGACAACUGCAAUGUGACUCUCACCUGUGAAGUUCAGAAGCUCUCAGUAACCUCUCACUGCUACAAUGAUACUUGUGAUAUGAGGGAAAAGAAAACAUCUGGAGACAUGUUUCCUUUCCUCUCACUGUAUGUUAGUAACAACUUCAUCAUUUGUAAUCAUAGCAACCCAGUGAGCUGGAAAAAUACAACUAUGGAGAUAAAACAUGUGAAACAACUCUGCCCUAAUGAAGGUGUAAGCAUGUACACAUACUGCCUGGUCUAAAUGUAAAUGUAAGAGAAUGUACCUUCUAUAAUAAUGUUAGCUAUGCUGUU